CGCGGCCCUGUCGGCGCUGGAAGGACGGCGGCCUACUGCGGCGGGUGCGGGCGGCGCCCGCGCCCGCGGGGGUGCGGCCGAGCAUGUGGGGCAAGCUGCAGCUGCUGCGCCUACGGCAGUUCGAGGUCAUCCUGUACCUGGACGCCGACACCCUCGUGGUCGGGCCCAUCGCGCCGCUGCUCGCGGCCGCGACGGCCGCUGGGCCAGAGCUCGUUUUCGCCGCGGCCCUGGGGCGCGCGCUGUCGUCGCUGAACACAGGCGUGAUGCUGCUGCGGCCCAGCGAGGAGGAGCUCAGGGCGUCGCUCCGCUCCCGGGCUGCGCGGGCCCACUGGCCCGGGCGCUCGCGAUGGUCGGGGCAGCCCUGGAACGGCUCCGGCCGUGGGCAGGACAGCGACGCGGUGUCCGGCGCCUGGAGGAACGACCAGGAGGAGCAGGACUGGCGCAACGAGUUCGUCGCCGCCCGCCUCGACUUCCACGGGGAGCUCUGGCCCGACCCGGCCGCCCAGCCCACCGCGCCAGAUGGCGCGAGGCUCCCGUGCGACCCGCGCCGCCCCUGGCUGGGGCCCUACCGCGCCAACCUGCGUGGCGUUGGCGGCGGCGGGGGCCUGGCAGGCUCCGGCGGCUUCUGCACGCUGCCCGCGGCCUUCAACUUCUGCGCCACGGCGGAGUGCGUGGUGGACCUCGCCGGCGACGCGGUCCGGCGCGCAGCCGUCGCGUCCCUGGAGCCGCGCGUGCUGCACUGGCCAGGGGCGCUACGCAAGCCGUGCCGGCAGAAGUGCGAGCCCGGGGCGCGGUCCUGGCUGGACGAGGCGUGGUGGCGGGCCUUCGAUGCCGCCUGUGGCUCGGCUCCGCCGGGCGCGCCGUGCCGCAUCAGCUGCGGCGGCGGGGGUCGUGGGCAGAAAAAGUGGCCGGGCUGUGCGGGG